AUGGAGAAGUUUAUGUAUGCACAGUAUUUUCUUUAUGUCUUUCCCUACUGGUUUUUUUCUGAGUUUCUUCUUGGUGUAUUUCUUGCUGUAUGUUGUAAGUUUUCUCCUUCCCCCCCAAAAAAAUCUCCUAAUGCCUUCCUCUUGUUUUAUAGCAGAUGGGAGAUGGAAUUGGAGGGAGUUUUUGGACUAGUGUGGUAUGCUGAUUUUUACUUUAUGAUGCAGGAUUUAUGUUGCUUAUUUGGUGCAAAGCCUAUGCAAUUUCGGAUGUAUAUGUACAGGGAAACAACAUGUUUUUGGACUGAUCUUUUUGUGGUGUGUAAUAGGUUUUUGGACUAUUGUUAUAGACUGGUUUACAAGGCUUGUUUUGCAGAUGAUAGAGAGUUGUAUAGGGGUUUAUGGGCAGCGGCAAUAGGAGCUUUAUGCUUGGAUAGAGACAAGGCUUGGUGUGGACAGCAAUAG